CCGCGCCGCGUGCGCCCGCGCCCCGCGCCCGCCGCCUGCGCUCCGAGCACCGGUGGCCUCUUCUCCGCGGGACCGGAGCUCGGGCCGAGGAUCCGAGCCACCAGAAGCGCUGAGGCUGUUUUUCAUCGUCUGCUUUUGGGUUCAGCUUGCCGGAGAUUUUUUUUUUUUUAAUUUUAGUCCUUUUCCAGAAUGGAUUACUUCUCCAUGAUGGUCUCUCUGCUGUUGGUGGCUUUCCAUGGAGCUCCCGAGACAGCGGCCUCGGGCACGGAGCUCAGCACAGGAACGGAAAACCCAGGGGAGAAGCUCCCGGCCAGUGCACCCUGGCGGCCGCGCCGCUCCAAGCGGUGUUCCUGCUCCUCGCUGAUGGACAAGGAGUGCGUCUACUUCUGCCACCUGGACAUCAUCUGGGUCAACACUCCCGGGCACAUCGUCCCGUAUGGACUUGGAAGCCCUUCCAGGUCCAAGCGAUCCUUGAAGGAUUUCUUUCCAACCAAGGCAGCGUACCACAAGAACAGGUGCCAGUGCACGAGCUCACAAGACAAGAAGUGCUGGAAUUUUUGCCAAGCAGGGACGGAACUCAGAGCCCAAGACACUAUGGAGAAAGGCAGGAACAACCUUAAGAAAGGCAAAGACUGUUCCAAGCUUGGAAAGAAGUGUAUUCUUCAAAAGCUGAUGCAAGGGAGAAAAAUAAGAAGGUUGGAGGCCAUCAGCAACAGCAUCAAGACAUCUUUUCAUGCUGCCCAGCUGAGAGCCCAGCUCUAUCGAGAGCAGAAAGUGACCCACAACCGGACACAUUGAUGACCGAUCUCCUGGGCCUGUCGGAGCCGUGUGGCUGACUCUGCUCGCUCGCUCAUUCGCUCUUUCUCUUCCCUCGCUGCCUGGGACCAGAGCUGGAGUUGUCUCCCUGCCAGACUGUAUCUUCUUCCAGCCAGGUGGAGAACCAGCGUCCUUAUUCUGAACAUCCCAGGAGAGACCAAGGAGUGCUCGCACCUGUCAUCCUUGGCUUCCUGCAGCAGGAACUGCUCGGGUCUCCUCUGUGGCUCGGGGAUGGUAGUAGACCUCUCGGAAGGCAGAGACACACAGUGCCUUUGGAGCUGGGGUGCCAGCCUCCAGCAGGAUCAGGGUGGAGUUGCUGAAGAAGGUCCUGUGGAAGUGUUUGUGCCUGACCCAGGCACCCGGCACAAUUCAGGGAGGCACUGCAGAGUCCACGCAACGAUUUUGCUAAGAAAUGCACACAUUGAAAACACACUCAAAGGACAAGCACUCAAGUUAAAAAGAAAGACUCUUUUUUUUUUUUGAUUCAUAAAAUGCAAAACUGAAACUGUUACUACUGUAAAUCAGGAUGUGUUUCAUGAAUGAGUCUACCUCACCGCUAUUGCACUCAUGACUGCCUCCCCAAACUCUCUCCCUCCUGAGCCCCCAUACUGAACUCAAGGAAGUCUGGUCCCACGUUCAGUCAGUGGUGGAUUUCACAUUCUCAUGGUAAUCUGCUAGCUCCCAUACAUCAGGAAAAAAAGAUCCUUGAUUCAGGAGAUUCCCUGACCUUAAUUUCUGGAAAAAAAAAAAAUGGUUGUAGGGUUGUUUAUGAAAGAUAUUGGAAAGUCACUGCUCUUAUGCUUUAAAGCAGGAAAAUUGUUGUCCCUUGUGUAACCGGGUAAUGGAAGAGGUUGGAUUGAAUUUUGAUGUACUUAUUUUUUUAUAGAUAUUUAUAUUCGAGCAAUUCAUUCCUUAUAUUUACCAUGUUAAAUAUAUGUUUGGGCAGGCCAUAUUGGUCCAUGUAUUUUUUUAAAAAUGUAUUUCUGAAUGAAAUUAAGAAAAUGCUUUGUUUUGCCUAUCAAGGUAAUGACUUUAGAAAAUAAAUA